AUGUUGCUUGGUUACUUCUAUCUUGCCUUACUAUCUAUCGUUCUUAACGUCACCAGCGUCUAUGCCACUCCCGUAGACAAUGGAGACAUAGCGAAGGACGUAUCCUUACACAAGCGAGAGGCCGAAAAGCUCCAAGCAAGGCUGGGCCAAACCCGAACUUUCAAGCUUGACCGCGAUCGCCGUGAGUCAGGCAGCUACGUCGAUUCUGCAAUUCCGAAACUUGUCGCCAAUAUUCCCAUCAACGGAUACGUCGACACCUUCGAUGAAGUCGACGAGCUUAUCAAUGACACGGAUCUUCUCCCCUCGAACGGAUACGACUGCUGGCAAUACCUCAAGAAUGCGCUGAAUGCAAUGCGACAGAGCGGCUGGCUGACGCAGUCCGAGAUGGACUCUGCUUAUGACGAACUUCUGCAGAAGGCUCAGGAUAAUGGUAUGGCUUUGACUUGUCAGGCUCUUUGA